GUCUUUGUGCAGUUUAAGACCACAAAAUGAAAAAUCAUGACUGCACGUAAACUAUCGUUAAGAAGGUGUGGCGUAUAAUAAGGUGUGAGGUUCAUUAACAUUUAGAAUAUGGGUCACUAUUUAAUUUUAGACCAGGAACACCUGUCCUUGUCAGUUUACUUCAUGGUUGUAGUAAAGCCUCAACAGAGUUUGAAAAUUAAUGUUGGGAGAUGUGAAUCAUACAUAUGGGUAGUUUUAGAAUAUUGUUUUAUAUGUAGGCACCUAUAAACAUCCCUGCAGUCAACUAUGAACAAUCUACAGGACAGUAAUGCAGUUUCCCCUGCCAAUCCUUCUGUUAAAGACUUGGUGAAAGUGUUGUAUGGAGGAAAAAAGUUUGGUAAUCGUGUGGAUGAAGUUUGGCCUAACCUAUUCAUUGGUGACAUGUCAGUGGCAAAUGAUCGCUACAGUCUAUGGAAGCUGGGAAUCACUCAUGUUGUGAACGCCGCUCAUGGCAGGAUGCACUGUCAGGGAAGUCAUGACUUCUACGGCUCCACUGUGGAUUAUUAUGGAGUGCCUGCUGAUGACUCACCAUCCUUUGACCUCUCUCGCUAUUUCUUCCCCUCUGCUGAGUAUAUUCAGAGUGCACUCGACACUGCUGGUGCUCGGGUUUUUGUCCACUGUGCAGUUGGGGUGAGCAGGUCUGCCUCCCUCGUCCUGGCCUACCUCAUGAUCCACCACCAUUACACCCUACUAGACGCAAUCAAUAAAGUGAAGGAGCGCAGGUGGAUCUUCCCAAACAGAGGAUUCCUUAAACAGCUUUGUGCUUUGGAUACGAAACUGCGCAAGACAUCAUGAGUAACUCUGAACCUCAAAAACGAAUUGAUUUUCUGACUUACAGAGCAUCAAAUGCCCAUUUUCCUCACGAUAAAUGAAGGAUUCCACAUCUGCCAGUGGAGGGAGAUGCUGUACUUUAACUUUAAUCAGUUUGUUUGGUCCUGUGUGUGAUGUGAAUCAUGCUGCUCGUUCACAGGAUAUUGACCCUUACAUUAAUAAGAGUUCAGUGUACUCAUCUCAUGCUUAGGCAGAAUCCAUUUUAAGACAAAGACAAAAUUACUUAUUUAACCUUUGUGUUAUGUUGAAGGAAAUUUACAUCCAUUAUUCCCAUUAAAAGUUUCUUGUGUCUGAGUGCAAAAACAAACAUAAAACGUAUUUCAUUUUUAAAAUUCAUUUAUUACAAAUUGCUUUAUUUGUUUGCAUGAAGCCACUCAGGCCUAUAGA